CAGUACACUGGAGCUGUCGGAGCUGAGGGGAUUAUCCAGGACGCCGGUUCUAUGAGUCCGACCCAAACUGUCCCACAUUAAGGACCAGCACGGAUGAUGUGUUUUGCGCUGCGGCUGUUCAAUGAAAGAAGAGACGCGCAGAAGCAGAGAUGGGCACCGUUCCUGGACCUUCACCUUCCCGGUCAGGGGGAAAAUGUUGCCAUUGCGCCGUGCUGCUUGUACCUGUAGUGGUGGUCUUGGUGCAGUUGUGCGCAGCUUUUAACCUGGACACUGAGACGCGCGUGGUUUUCUCCGGACCACAGGGAAGUUAUUUCGGCUAUUCAGUGGAGUUCUUCACUAACUCAUCCAGUAUCAGUGUUUUGAUCGGUGCUCCAAAAGCCAACACCAGCCAACCCGACAUCACUGAAGGAGGAGCUGUGUACUUGUGCCCCUGGAGCCAAACUAACUGCAGCAUUAUCAACUUUGACAAGCAAGGUGAUCGAUAUUUUUAUGUUAAUGAUGUGAACACUCAGGUUGAGUUCAAGUCCCAUCAGUGGUUUGGAGCUAUUGUGCGUUCCCAUGGCAACAGCAUCCUGGCUUGUGCUCCCAGGUAUUACUGGAGGACUGAACACGACACGCCCUUUGCUGAUGUUACAGGAACCUGCUACCUCUCUGUAGACAGCCUCAAAACUUUUGUUGAGUACGCACCCUGUCGAACAGAAAGACAUGGACCUGCAGGACAGGGUUAUUGUCAGGGUGGAUUCAGUGCAGACUUCACUAAGGAUGGGAGGGUUGUACUUGGAGGACCAGGCAGCUUUUACUGGCAAGGUCAGCUGAUCUCAGCCACCACAGAGGAGAUUGUUAAGGCCUACUACCCCUCUUAUUUUCUGCUGUCAGUUGCCGGGCAGAUUCAGACCCAGCAGGUGCAGGGGAGCUAUGACGACAGUUACCUGGGUUACUCUGUUGCUGGUGGUGAGUUCAGCGGGGACGAUGAGGAAGAUUUCAUCACAGGAGUUCCUAAAGGACUCAUGCUGUAUGGUUUAGUGUCCAUAUUAAAUGGAAGGGAUCUGAAGUCGCUGCUCAACUUGACAGGGGAGCAGAUGGGGUCCUACUUUGGCUACGCAGUGGCAGCCACCGACAUCAACAACGACGGUCUGGAUGACCUGGUGGUGGGAGCUCCAAUGUUUAUGCGUCGAGGGUCCAACGGGCGUCUGGAGGAGCUGGGAAAGGUGUACGUGUACCUCCAGAGGGGCCCUUUGCAGCUGGAGGCAAGCCAGUCCCACCUCCUCGGUCAGCAGGCCUUCAGCCGAUUUGGCUCCUCCCUGGCUCCACUGGGUGAUCUCAACCAAGAUGGAUUUAAUGACAUGGCCAUUGGCUGCCCUUACGGAGGAGAAGACCAGCAGGGAUUGGUUCUCAUUUAUAACGGUCAUGCUGGAGGACUGAUGGAUACGCCCACUCAGACUCUCUCUGGCCAAUGGGCUUCCAGCUCGUUCCCAGCCAGUUUUGGCUUUGCUCUGCGAGGCAAUAGAGACCUGGAUCAAAACGGCUACCCAGAUCUGAUUGUCGGUGCCUUUGGGGUAGAUAAAGCAGUGCUGUACAGGGCUCGGCCAAUAGUGAGUGCCAGCGCGUCUCUCACAGUGCAGCCAACCAUGUUCAACCAGGAGGAGAAGACCUGUGAGCUGACCACUAGAAAUGAAACCAUUGAUGUGUCUUGUGUCAGCAUCACUUUCUGCCUGCUGGCUAAUGGGAAGCACCUCCCCUCUCAUCUAGGCUUUGUGGUAGAGGUCCAGCUGGACAGUAUGAAGCAAAACCAGAAGGAAUCCACAAGGAGGACUCUGUUCCUGGACAGUCAGCAGCCCAGUCUGGUGAAGACCUUCAGCCUCGCCAACGGGGAGCGCUCUUGCCAUGACACAUCAAUCUAUCUACGGGGUGAAGAGGAGUUCCGGGAUAAACUCUCUCCCAUUUACAUCAGUCUUAACUUCAGUCUGGAUCCUCAUGCUACGAUGGCCCAGCGUGGCCUCAGACCAAUCCUGAACUAUCAGACAGAACAGCUUAUAGAGCAGAAGGCCCAGAUUCAACUCGAUUGCGGAGAGGACAACGUCUGUGUCCCUGACCUCAAACUGGCUGUUCAUGGUGACAGAACAGAGGUUUACCUGGGCGAUGAAAACUCCUUAAGUCUGACCUUCAAUGCCAGGAACGAGGGAGAGGGAGGGGCGUACGAGGCUGAGCUAUAUGUGGUACUUCCCCCGGAGGCCGACUACAGCGGGAUAGCACGCAACAAUGUGAGCUUGACUCAGCUGACGUGCAGCUAUGAGGCAGAAAACCAGACCCGCUAUCUCCUGUGUGAUCUGGGAAACCCCAUGAAGCCUGGUACCAGUUUAUGGGCCGGACUUCGGUUCACUGUUCCUAGACUGAAGGACACGUACAGUACUGUGAAGUUUGAGCUCCAAAUACGAAGUAAAAAUGCAAAUAACUCUGAGAGCGAGGUGGUGCUGUAUGAGCUGGAGGUGGCUGCGAUGGCUGAUGUCAUUCUGCAGGGUGUUUCUCGGCCAGACAAAGUCAUCUUUCCUCCUCCAAACUGGACUGCUCAUCAGACUCUGAGGGAAGAGCAGGACGUCGGCCCUGAGCUUCAGCAUGUCUAUGAGCUGGUGAAUAAUGGUCCCAGUGUGGUCAGCCAGUCAACGUUAGAGGUGAGAUGUCCUCUGAGGACUCACAGCCACGAGCUGCUCUACCCUGUGGAGGUGGUCACUGAGGGGCCGCUCAGCUGCUCCUCCAAAACCACUGUUAAUGCACUGAAACUCAAGCUCCAGCCUCCAGCAGCAGAGGGUCCCACUUCACUGAAAUCCAACACUGAGCACCACAUCCAGAGGAGGGAGGUGUAUCCUCUGCCUGAUCAAGGAAACCUGACCUGCUCUACAGUGGAGUGCUGGCAGCUGCAGUGUAAUGUCGGUCUGCUGGAGAGAGGAGCCAGUGUUAUCCUGACUGUACGCUCCAGACUCUGGGCUGAAACCUUCAUCGAGAAGGCCUAUAAGCAGUACAUUCUGGAGUGCUCUAUUCAGUACCAAGUGGACAAGAUGCCUUAUUCUAUUCUUCCCAAAUUCAAGCCAUUGGGAUCCAAAAAGGUGGUGACGGCUGUGGUGUGGAACAAGCCGGACAGUCUGUUCUCUGUUCCAGUCUGGAUCAUCAUCCUGGCUGUUCUAGCUGGGCUGCUGUUACUCGCCCUGCUCAUAUAUCUACUGUACAAGAUGGGUUUCUUUAAAAGGGCAGAUCCCUACGGCACAACCAUGGAGAAGGCCCAGCUCAAACCACAGGCAUCCUCUGAGGCUUAGAUCCAGGACGGAGCCUCCCCUGCAGCUUUUCCAAGGAACUGGAAUUAUCGUCACAUUCCCGAACACCUGACGGAAACUUGCUAAUGAUAGGCAGGCAACCCAUUUAUGAAGGGACAAUUAUGGAUGCUGUAUCACUGGAAUACAAAACCUCUGGUGCUGCACUAAAAUGCCAAAGCAGGAAAGACGACUACCAGGGUCAUGCAGUUGUGUAUGUAUAUGUAUAUAUGCACUUCUCUUUUGGACGUCCAGUCAGAGCAAGGUUUGUGAAACUUCUGCAGAAAAAGAAACAAGAACUUUCUCCCUGUGGAAAAAUGUUUCUUUAGAAAAAACUCAUCGGACAGUACGCAAUACAGGAAAACAAAUGCACCUCCAACAAAGGCACUAACGCUACGGUAUUCCUUUAUUCCUAAAAAAAAAGUGUAUUGUAAGCCACGUUUGCAAUCCCAGUGUUUAAUAUCUUAUGAAAUUCCUGCUUUUUUAUGAUCUAUACACCACUUGUUAUUUAUGGCACAGUGUUUUCCUGUUGAUUGUUGAAUGUUGUACUGUACUGUCUGCAGGACAAUCCUGGUGAAACUGCGAUGUUUAACUUGAAUUAUUCCUCUCCCAUAUUGGGAGGUAUUUUGUGUGUGUUGUGAUGUAUGUAAUGUAUUCAUUGUGUUAUGACCUGUUGGUAUUGUGGCCCAGAAUAAAGCCUAAUUUUGUAUACCCAUACAAAA